UGUAACAGUGUGUAAAGGAUAACUCACACAGGUGGGGAAACACAUACCGGUUCACCUUCAACAUCAAAAAAAUUAACCAGUUUUGCUCAUCAUGAGGGAAGAUGCGGCUGAAAAUAUCGAGGGAGGGGACGAACACGGAGAGGCGACAACAUCAGAAGCUGCAUCUGGAGAGAGACGACGUAGUAUUGCGGAACUGCAGAAUAUGCUGAAAAGAGUUCCCCAGAGUCCUUUCCAUAAUCGGUACAAGGGUGGUGAGUGGUCAGAUGUGACUGACAACGCUGAACCACAGACUAAUGGAGUCAAUGGGAGUUCUUCCAGGAUGAACCCUUUCUAUGCAUAUUACUUGGAAAACAAAGGUGACAUAACAGAGGACCAAAAAAAGAAAACUUCGGAAAGCGUCGACUGUGAUUCCCUUUUUGUGUCUCCACCUGACUUUCAGAGCGAUCUUCCCUCUGAAAAUAGGACUGAGGAAAAUGGAGGCAUGUUUCCUGAACCCAAGAACAACCUGUUCAAAAGCCAAAAUGACAACAAUGACCAAGACCUCUUCCACAGAUCAGCACCAAGUCAUAAUGCAACUGUUAAUGGUUUUCAUGACGUGACCCUGAACUCUCCAAACUUAUUUAAAGCAACUCCGGCUCAGGGGCAGAACCUCUCUAAGAGUUUUCCGCCCAGAAGCUCUGACCUCUUUAAAGGCGAAGAGGACGAUCUUUUCCAGGCUGAUAAAAAGGAAGAUUUGUUCGAAACUGCAUGGGCUAAGAAGGCGGACCCUUUUGAUAAAGCUGCCAUCCUUCAGAAUUGA